AUGGUCUCGCGCGAUGGCUCCGGCUCUGUACGUAACGGCCUUCUUCUUGAGUACUUGUUUGGCUGCAAUGCAUGGCACUCAACAAACUACUUGGGCGCUUACGACAAGUAUGGUAAUCUCGUCCGCGCAGGGCCCGGGUGGCGGAGAGACGGAGUGAAGACAGCGGAAGCAACCAAGGCGGGACAGACGGAUGCCGAAGUCAAGUCAGAAAAGCCUAGCGAGAACGCGACACCAGCAGCACAAGAGAGCCUUGAGCAGUUAGAGGCGGCAGUACUGGCAAGUGAGACGGACGACCAAGAAGUGAGCAAGGCGAGCGAGGCACCAGGUGACGGGAAGCUUCCACCAGAAACGGCAGAAGACUUGCGUCCAUUUCCACUAAAUCAGUACUUCCGCAGCCAGCCAGUACUCAGCGAAGACCUGCGAGAAGCGAUAUACCAAAGAGUGAAGAAGGAUGGCGCUACCGUGUCACUCGCUAGUGUCGAAUUUGGCGUCAGCAACGAGCGUGUUGGCGCCGUAGUGCGGCUAAAGCAGAUGGAGAAGGAAUGGAUAGCCCAGGGCAAAACACUCGCGCUACCCUACUCCAAAGCUGUACUAGCCAUGCUUCCAACGACGCCAUUUAUCAACACAUCGCUACCCAAGAACAAGGGCAAACGCCCAAUACCCCAUGAACCCAUUAAUGACUUGAUCGUUCACCCUGCGACUCGCCAGCAACUCUUUGUUCCCGUUGCCGAAUCGCGCCGUUUCACUCGUGUUGAUGCUGGCAAAGCGUUUGAUAACAAUCUGCUGCCUGCGGAUGCGCGUAUUCCUCAUCCCGAACUCGUACAUGCAGAGCGUGAACUCGAGAUGGGUCUUUCGGUGGCUCAGGGCGCUCAAGGUUGUGCCUAA